AUGGAUGCUGAGUUGGCCGCUUUCUUAAAGGAUAAUCCCGACUUUGAGCUGAAUGACCGUGGUCGUAUUCACUGCAAGUUGACGAAUCAUGAUAUUGUUGCUGAUAUGUCUGAGGUACAAAAGUACAUCAAAACAAAGAAGUAUUUACAUGCAAAGAACUGGUAUAAUUAUGACUAUUCCAAAUAUGAGCCUUACAUUAUUCCCCAUCGAAGCGAUCCAAAGAAGUUAUUCUGCAUUGUUACCAUGACUUCGUUGAACAAAAUUCCGGAGGUCGUGGAGCGUGUGGUGAAUUCUAAGAAGUUUAAGCGAUUGUGCGAGGAGUACAAUCAACGACAGGAAGAAAAGAAGCGCCGUGAAGCUGUAUAA